AUGUUGGACUCGAAACAGGAAACGAACACAAUGCUACUGACGCUGAACGGUUGGAUCGGAGUACUCUUAGGAUUCCUCUCGGUUUCAGACACCCUUUGCCUAAAACUCAAAACAGUGCGCAUCCCUGCCUAUAAGGUUCGCUUCGAUACGGCCCUGCUCGAGUGUCACUACGAGCUGAACGGUCAGCGCAAAGGACACGGCUAUCUGGGCGAAGGCAACCGAAGGCACCACGGUUACCAAAGCGACUACCUGGGCGAGCAGUACGAGGAACAGGAAAAGCUCUACUCAAUAAAAUGGUACAAGGACAACGAAGAGUUCUAUCGCUACGUACCGUCGGCUUCACAACCGAUCAAAAGCUACAAAAUCGAAGGCAUCCGGGUCGAUCCGAACCACUCGGAUGGCACCAAGGUGCUGCUGCGUGGGCUGACACUCAAGUCGUCCGGGCUUUACCGGUGUGAGAUUUCGGCGGAGGCGCCCAGCUUCGACUCGGUGCAGGGCGAAGGACGAAUGGAAGUGAUAUAUAUUCCCAAGGAAGGCCCACACAUUAGCGAUGGCGAGCGAAAAAGCUACCAGAUCGGCGAGACGAUGGAGCUCAACUGCUCAUCGGGUAGAUCGUACCCGGCCUCCACACUGCAGUGGUACCUCAACGAUCUGCUAGUGACGGAUCCGAACAACAUCAUCCACUACCCGCCAAUUCAGAACCACCAAGGUCUGAUCUCGACGCUGUUGGGUUUGAGCCUAGUCGUCAACCACCGGCACUACAUCGAUGGUACGAUACGCAUCAAGUGUGUCGCCAGUCUUUCACCGGUUCUGUGGCGCGGCGGCCAAGAGAGCAUCGUGCAAUGGGAGCAGCCACCUCUCGACAAUCGUACCGCCAUGCUCUUAGUGAAAAGUAGCGGUAGCUUUAAGAGCAGGCCUUUUUUAAUCCUUCUUCUUUGUUUAUUACUAUGUUUGCUUGAAACGGUUAUUAACAUCAGAUGGUAGUGGCAAUACAGCGGCAAUCUCAGUGAAAAUGAAGCACACUUACGCAUUCAUAAUCCUACGAUACAAUAACUUAGCAAUGGUACUUCAUAUCAAAUUGUGAACUGCACAGUACAUGCAGGGAUGAGUGAAUCGUUUGUUUAAGCGUUGAGUGACGUCGAAUAGAAGGGCUAACAUGGCCACGAGAUUGAGAGUCACUUUCUCAAGAGCUUAUUGUAAAAAAAAAUGAUGAACCGAAGCUAUCCCUCAAACCGAUUGAUUUGGUUUCGCUCAAAGCGUACCACAGUUGAUCGAGCGCUGUUUGCUGCGUCUAAUAUCAAACAUCUUUGUAAAUAUUUUAAAUCGUGUAUAGGUUGCAUAUUUAACUUGAUUAUGCAAGGGUAGCUUACAUUAGAAGAGAUUAUUACUGACAUGUGGGCAAAUUUAAGAUUAGGUGGUAAAUGAACAUUUAUCAAGUGAUCGUUUUACUGCUACAUGUAAAUUUGUCCAAUGUACAUAGGACAUAUUUACGUUUUAAGUAGCAGUCAGUUAAGAUUUAUUUUGUUUAUUCCUGCUCUUGUGGCGAACUGGUGGCUUAAAUAAGUCAAGCCCUUAUUAGGUACGGACACAACUCAUUCAUCGUCAGAAUCGGAUACAAUCGUGCGCAAAACUAACGAUAU